GGAAGGGACGUCCGAGCGAUGGCAAGAGGUGGGCGGUGAGGAUCGCGCAGGCGCCGGGGUGCGCCAGGCCGCUGGAGCUGCUGGAGGGGCGGUUCGUUUUCGCGGACGGCGCUGGGGUACACAUCUAUCGAAGAAUUUUUUCAUCCUCUAUCGUCUGGCCCGCUGGCAGGGCGCUGUUGGAGUACCUCCACGGCGUCGGUGUCGACAGCGACGCCGACACGCCUUCGGCCAACGCUGCGGCGAGCUGGCGCGGCAGGCGCGUACUGGAGCUUGGUUGCGGCUGUGGUUUCGUGGCGGCCGCGCUGGCGCACUGGGGGUGUGAGGUCGUGGCGACGGACGUCAACGACAGGGCUCUCGAGUCCUGGCUGGCGCGAACGCGGAACUCUGCGCGCGCGAGGGCGCCGCCUUCCGCGUGCGGCGGCUCGACUUCAGCGACCCUGCGGCGUGCGCGCGGCUGCGGGACGAGCUCGGGCCGUUCGCCUGCGUCGUCGCGUGCGACUGCGUGCUCGCAGCCCCGCCCAGCGGCCCCAUGUGGCGCUCCAGCGCGGCGGGCGCGGCGGCCGUCGCGGCGCCCCCAGAGGCGCUGCUGAACGCUACCCGCGAGCUGGGCCCCGCGGGGCCCGAGGUGGUGCUGGCCGUGGUGGACCGCGGGGGCGACGUGCAGGCCACGGCGCGGGCGCUGCUGGAGAGGCGCCACUGGCUGCAGCUGGUGGACCUGCCCCGCCAGCUGCCCGCCAAGGACGGCGGCGCCGCCGUCACGAUCUUCCACUUCAUCGCUUCCGCUGGAGGGGCGUGCGGGGCGGCGGGGGCGAGUCCGCGGCGGCGCUGUGGGAGAGCGCGUGAGGGUCGCGGCGGGUGUGGCGAAGUUCCCGCCUCGCGCGAGCGUCGCUGCGCUGGGGCCCGGUCUUGGCGCGCGGGGGUGGCGCUGCGCCAGCCGCUGCCGCAGGGGUGCUCGCGAGGCGCGGCGUACGCCGUGGGGCUCAUGGGGCGCCCGUGGCUUCGGCUCCCCACGGGGGCUGUCGGGGCCGUGUUGGUGCCGUCCUGGGCCUCUCGUCGAAGCAGAAAUGACCACAGCAAGUCACCAUAAUAGCAGCAAAGGUGAUGAGGCGGGUCGAGACGGGUGACCCGGCGGCGAACGUGAGGCCGGGGCGACAGGUGAGGAGGUGUGGUCGAGGGCAGGGACGGGCCACGCGAGGGCUCGCGCGCCGAAAAGGGCACGCGCAGCGGCCAGGGGGCUCGGGGAAAGCAGGCGCUGCGCGCGUGAGGCGUCCGGUGACCUCAUCAGGGACGGGUCCUUGGCGGAGAAGGCGCUCGGGGUUGUCGCCGGCCAGAGCGGCGCGGGCCCCCCCCCCCGCGCCCCCGGCCACUGCGGCCGCCGGUCGCGUCGGAGGGAGGCCCGGGUGUUUAGUGCUCG